CACACACACACACACACACACACACACACACACACACACACACACACACACACACACACACACACUAGCCUUCUGUGGCCUAUGUAGCCGACUGUAUCCCUACCAAGUAAAGGAACAGGCAGUCAACCAAUCCCCUGAGAUAAAAGCAAAACAUGCCAGAGUACAUGUUAACGGAAGGACAACUGUUGUGUGUGCUCUGGACUAAUGAGCCCUCCCACUGCAGGCGUCUCGGGGUCGGAUACAGAGGAGCGAUUGGUGGAGCGCCUCCUGCACCCCAACCACUACAACAAACUGAUCCGCCCAGCGACCAACGGCUCAGAGUUGGUGACCGUCACGCUCAUGGUGUCCCUGGCCCAACUCAUUAGUGUGCAUGAGCGAGAGCAGGUGAUGACUACCAAUGUGUGGCUUACUCAGGAGUGGCAGGACUACCGUCUAAGCUGGAUCCCUGAGGAGUACGACGGCAUGCUGAAGGUCAGACUGCCCUCCAAACACAUCUGGCUGCCUGACGUGGUCCUCUACAACAACGCUGAUGGGAUGUACGAGGUGUCCUUCUACUCCAACGCGGUGGUCUCCCACGACGGCAGCAUCUUCUGGCUGCCGCCGGCCAUCUACAAGUCGGCCUGCAAGAUAGAGGUGAAGCACUUCCCCUUCGACCAGCAGAACUGCACGCUGCGCUUCCGCUCGUGGACCUACGACCGCACCGAGCUGGACCUGGUGCUACGCACCGACGUGGCCUGCAUGGACGACUUCACGCCCAGCGGCGAGUGGGACAUCAUCGCCCUGCCAGGCCGCCGUAACGAGAACCCGGCCGACCCCACCUACGUGGACAUCACCUACGACUUUGUCAUCCGCCGCAAGCCGCUGUUCUACACCAUCAACCUGAUCAUCCCCUGCGUGCUCAUCACCUCGCUGGCCAUCCUGGUGUUCUACCUGCCGUCCGACUGCGGCGAGAAGAUGACCCUUUGCAUCUCUGUGCUGCUGGCGCUCACCGUCUUCCUGCUGCUCAUCUCCAAGAUCGUCCCGCCCACCUCGCUGGACGUGCCGCUGGUGGGCAAGUACCUGAUGUUCACCAUGGUGCUGGUCACCUUCUCCAUCGUCACGAGCGUGUGCGUGCUCAACGUGCACCACCGCUCGCCCACCACGCACACCAUGCCACCGUGGGUCAAGCUGGUGUUCCUCAACAAGCUGCCCGCGCUGCUCUUCAUGCAGCAGCCGCGGAACAGCUGCGAGCGCCAGCGGCUGCGGCAGAGACGGAAGGCUCAGGAAAAGAGGGCCGGGGGCCGCGGGGGGGAGGUCGGGGGACUCAUGGUGGGGUUGGGGCUUGGGGGGGCUGGGGGUGGGGGAGGCGGGUUCGGCAAGGAGAACACCAGCCCGUGCACCUGCUAUGUCAACCGGGCGUCUGUCCAGAAGUUUGGGGGGGAGCUGGAGGAUGCAGGAGGAGGCGGCGUGACCAACACCCUGGAUGGUCUGAACGGGGUCCGGGAGGGCCAGGAGGGGGCCUCCAGGGACCUGCCCCGGGGGAAGCCAGCUCCAGGGGGGCCUGUUCUGACCCAGGCCCUGCUGGGACAGGCCUGUCCUGGGUUUGAGGAGGCGGUGGAUGGGGUGCGGUUCAUCGCUAACCACAUGAAGACUGAAGACGAUGACCUGAGUGUGAGCGAGGACUGGAAGUACGUUGCUAUGGUGAUUGACCGACUCUUCCUGUGGAUCUUUGUGUUUGUGUGCGUGUUCGGCACGGUGGGCAUGUUCCUGCAGCCCCUGUUCCAGAACUACACGGCCAAGACCAUCACCAGUACCGCGGGCUGAGGCCCCCCUGCAAAGCCGCUGACCAACAGCUCCCGCCCCCCCCCCCCCCACCCCCUCCCAGCCAGUCAGCAGAGCAUACAGGGCGGAAAGGGGGAGGAGACUGAGGGUCCUUCUCAUCUGGAAGGAGAAGGACUCCGAGAACUAAGACCACACCCAUUAUCUUUGUAGUCAGGAUUUUGUUUUUCGCAAAAAGGGAUAAACCUUUGUGCGGUGAGGACGGAUAGGCGUCGUUUUACGGUUCUGCAGUGUUUUCCCUGGGGCGGUCCGUUUGGGACUCGACCUCCCUGACCCUUAACCCAGUGGGAAGGCUGGCGCCUCAGGAGCCAGCCCUGGUUGUGAGGACGCCCUGGGUUCCUGACCUCUGCGGUGGACAGACAGGCCGGACAUUGGGAUUUGCCCCGCGGCCACAGGGCUUCCCUCGGUCGGGACUCCAGUGGGGCCGCGAGCGACGUCACUUUAGCAACACUGUCAAGGGGAGGGAGGGUCGGAGGGACAUCCAUGUACCUUCUUUGAUUUCAGUUUGAGUUUGUUUUCCAAACCGUCUUACUCCAUCUGGCUCAUCCAGUACAGGUUAUUAUAGAAUAGCGGUUGACCACAGCACAGCCCUGCAUAUAAUAUUGUUGGGACUUCUCUAUGUGUUCAUGCUCAUACCCGGCCUGCUCACGACCGGGAGGCGUGGUGAGUCCCAAAGCUACAAUAAGAAUGUGAUAUAAACUGAUGUACACAGCCUAUCUGCUCAUGCACACUGAGCAGAUAGGUGUACAAGCAGCUGAUAGGGACAGAAAUUAAGAUAUACGUACACAACUCUGAUAGAGCGACAGACACGUUCUGGAGAUCAAGGAGAUACAUUUAGUAUUGACUUUGCAUGAACAGAACUCUGCACAAUGUAGACAGGACAGGAGGCUGCCUGGCGAAGGAACAGCUAUGGUACAAGAUGAAGGAUCUGCCUUCCAAUAUGACAGUCAGAAGACACAACUUGAGCUAAGAGGAAGCAAAACGUAUGUUUGUGCUGUUCAAGACGACAUGGCACCAGGGCAAUGCAUCUUAUGGGUAUAACGCUAUUCUGUUCAUUAUAAUGUAGUUAAUCACACAGUUAUGUGCGUUGCUGUCAUUGCAGUGAUUUGAAUCUCAAAGUAAGGCUGACCCAAGGACCCGGCUACACACAAACAGUAUUCCUCUUCCCAACCCCUCUCUUCCCCCUCCAUCCCUCCCCCUCUGAGCACCAGCAGUAGCAAAGGACCUAGAAGUGGUCAUCCGGCAUAAAGAAGGUUGCUGUUUAUGUUUCCAACUCACAACAUGGCAGCCGCUCGCCUUUCCUAAACGCAGACAAAUUAUUGCUGCCUUUCGUUCCACUAUGCUAUGGUCCAGUCCUCUCUAGAUGGAACCACUUAUUUUGGAUCUGGUCUGGUCUGUUUUUGUGUGGUCUGAUCUGGUUCUCUCCUGUCCCUAAUGUCUCACAGUGUGCGUGGCUCAGCCUUCUGUUUAAAUGUUUAACAUCAUGUUGUAUUGGGCCGAUGUUCCCCCUUUUUCUAGCAGACUGGCUGUGUGUGUGUGUGUGUGUGUGUGUGUGUGUGUGUGUGUGUGUGUGUGUGUGUGUGUGUGUGUGUGUGUGUGUGUGUGUGUGUGUGUGUGUGUGUGUGUGUGUGUGUGUGUGUGUGUGUGUGUGUCAGUGCACGUGCAUGAGUGCGUGUGUGUGUGCGUGCAUGAUCACAUCAGAUGCCACCAGUCUUUCCCCUCCCGCCCCCUGGUAUUUCCCCACCAUAUCUCAGGCCGCUGACGACUCUGCUUGUGACACAUAAUCCCAUGAGGAUAAUAACCUACACUAUAUAACCAUGUACUCAGUCAGUCCUCUCCAGCAGCCCCCCCUCCUCAUUCAGCCAUCCAGAUCUGUUUGUCAUUGUCAUGUCAGAUUUGAUCAUUUGUUAUCAUGCAGAAGGACAAACCAACCCCAGUACCCCAGAUACUAAUAGCGACAUGCAAAUGAAGAUUGUAAUCGGUAAUAAAACGAGAAUCAGUCUUAAACCUAUAAAAAUAGGAAAUGACAGGGAUGCGCGUAUCCCUGUCUGCCACAUGCACCCCCAGACUUAGGCUCCACCCUUCCCUCUGGGUCCCCUGAUAGAGCUCUGCCAGGGGCCCAUUGAAGAGAUCUCCAUCCAUCAUAUGUGAAACGUCUGUAAUACCCGUGAAUACUGCAGUCCAUCUUAACCUGUUCACCCUCUGUAAAUGUCUCUCCUCUCUCCCUCUCUCACUCUCUCUUUCUCCCUCUCUCAUUCCCCAGCCCUCUGUUAUGUCAUUCUCCACACCACCCUGGCUCCUGUACACACCGUAACCAGUACAAUAAAGGUUGUAGGAUCAAAACUAGCAAA